AUGAGCCAGCCGGAGGGCAGCACCGGUAUAGACGCCGGUGGGCUUCGAGAAAGACUACCACAGAAACCUGAUGCCCCGCAGAAGGCCGAGUCCGCGGAGACUGCCCAAGAAGCAGUGAGACAACUGAACGAGGAAGAAGUGAAGAAAGGCAAAGACGAGAAGAACACACGGACAUAUGGACGGACACCCGAUGGCACAGUCUUCACUGUGCCUCACACCGAGGACAUGGUCUCACAGCUGUUCGACCCCACGCAGCCAAAGAACGCGUCCGACUUUGCUAUUGUGUUGUCGUUAGGCUCGAUGUGUCUGCUGUUCUACCUGCUGCCCCAGAAAUGGCGGAUACCCACGUUCGCUGUGACGACCAUCUUCUGGAGACUGUGCUAUAAUGCCGGCAUAGGAUGGCUCCUCCACAGCCAAUCCCACCACAAGCGCCUUGUAAUCUGGGCGAAGAAGUCCAAGAUCUUCGAGAACCCGGAAUCCGGAAACCAGCCUCGUCCCGGAUUGUAUAAGUUCUUGAAGCGUGAAAUGGAAGCCAAGAUUCCCAAGGACUACAAGUUCGAGGACGCGCCACUGGAAUACAACACCUGGCUCUUGUUUCGCCGAGUAGUCGACCUGAUCCUGAUGAGCGACUUCACUUCCUACUGCCUCUUCGCUCUUGCGUGCGGCGGCCUGCCGGAAGGUGAGAAGCUGCCAAUGACCAUCGCUCGCUGGAUUGGCGGCUGGCUUCUGGUAGCUUUCAAUUUGUGGGUGAAGCUUGAUGCGCACCGCGUCGUCAAGGACUUUGCAUGGUACUGGGGCGACUUCUUCUACCUCAUUGACCAGGAGCUCACUUUCGAUGGAGUCUUCGAGCUGGCACCACAUCCGAUGUACUCGGUCGGUUAUGCUGGCUACUACGGGAUCUCGAUGAUGGCGGCGAGCUACAAUGUGCUGUUCAUCUCGAUCUUCGCACAUGCGCUACAGAUGGUCUUCCUCUCCAUCGUCGAGAGUCCCCACAUCGAAAAGACUUACAACACGCCACCCCCGAUCAAGCGACCUGACUCACCAACUGAGACGCCCAUUGAGCAGCAGGUGCGGCCGCAAUACAAGUCUCGGUUGAUGAGCUCCGGCAACAUCAACGAGUAUCCUCCGAUCACUUCAAGCGGCAAGCCAUCACAAGUCCAUAAUCUCCUUGGCUGGCAGAACAUCGAUCUUCACCGUGUCACGGAUGUUUCGGUAAUCGUCAUGCAGCUACUGAUGUACACACUGGCCAUCCUAUCACCGCCAACCCGCACAUGGCAAGCCUUCUUCGUCGGCAGCGCCAUAAUCUGGCGACUGUGGUUCUCCAUCGGCAUCGGCAUCCUCCUGGACAGACAAUCAACUCAGAAGGCCUGGACCCGCCACUUCGUCAAGUACGGCGAGAGCGCUGAAGAAGCCUGGCGGCAAUGGAAGGGAAUCUACCAUAUCACCACCAUAAUGUGCUACACCAGCUUUGUCUGCGCUGCGUGGAAGAUGUAUGGCCUUCCCGAGGACUGGACUUACGGCAUGUCGACUCUGAGGCACGUUAUUGGUGUGGCUUUGAUGGCUUUGCAGAUUUGGACGACUACUGAGAUCUACGAAUCCCUUGGAGAAUUCGGCUGGUUCUUCGGCGACUUCUUCUUCGACGAAGCGCCCAAGCUCAACUACAGCGGCAUCUAUCGCUUCCUCAACAACCCCGAACGCACCAUUGGCCUCGCCGGUGUCUGGGGCGCCGCCAUCAUCACGUGGAGCAAAGCCAUCUUCUUCCUCGCCCUGCUCAGCCACGGCCUCACGCUCUGCUUCAUCCAGUUCGUCGAGCGCCCACACAUGCAGAAGCUCUACCGCCAAUCCAUCCGCGAGACCUCCGGCGUCUCCAAGAACCUGCAGACCGUCAUCCCCUCGCCCAUCCAGAAAUGGUCUGGCAGUGUCGACCGAGCAUUAGACGAAAGCUUCGGCUUCGUGGAAGAUCUCCUCGACGCCGCACGUCCUAAGCUCACAAAAGGCUUCAACCACUUUGUCAAAGACUCACGCUCCCUCUUCAAGCAAUUCCCCGCCCGCAUCAGCAUCAAGCGCCUCGCCCCAGACCUCGAAGGCUACGACCCCGACGACUACUCCCUCCAAAUCGACAUGACGCAACCCGGCAUCUCAUCCGGUGAGCAAGCGCACAGCGGCCGCGAAGGCCAAGACGGCCAGUUCCCGCAAAAGCGCAAAGACAGUUUCCGCCGUCUGGUCGUCGAGUACGGCGCUCCGAUCAAAGUCAAGUGGACCGGGCCGUUGAACCACAGCAAAUCAGACUGGAUCGGACUUUACAUGGUCGCGGACAACGCCAGCAGGGAAAUCACCAAAGUCUCCUCGCAAGGCCGGUGGAUCGCUACGAACAAGGAGCGUCUCAACUACGGCAACGCAGACACCGGCAUCCUAGUCUCCGACCAACGCGUCUCUGGCCAACAGCGCACCGACGGCGAAACCAAAGACUUCCUAUCCGGCGAAGUCGAAUUCUCCGGCGACAAGCUCUGGUGGACCUCGGGCGUCUUCGAGUUCCGUUACCACCACGACGGCAAAUACAACGUCAUGGCCAUCUCUCUGCCGUUCGAAAUCCGUAUCCCGCACUUCCCCUCCGACGCCCAAGAGAACACGAUCGAGGAAUUCGACUUCUCUACCCCCGUCUCCCGGUCCGCCGUCGAAGACUCCCUCUUACCUGUCGUACAGAACUGCUUCGACCGCGACCCGGACGUCGCGCCACGAACAGUCGAUGAGCAUUUCGGCCCGACGCUGGAGCGGGAGGGCAAGUACGCGAUGCGCGUCGUCUACGCCGUGAGCAGGAUGUUCGGCAUCGAGUUCGCGCCGGAGGUGGUGCAGGCGGAUGGGACGGUAAGGAAUUUGAGCUGGCGGAUUUGCGGGGCGAAGAAAGUGUUGGCGCCUUAUAGUAUGCGGAAGGGGACGGGGGCGGGGACGCCGACGGAGAAGGAGUGA